AUGCACAACCAGUUCCGAAAAUGGCACAGAAAAGGCAUCAGGAAGGAAAUAGAUCCAAAGUUCCUGAGAAACAGACGCUUUGCCGAAAAGCACAACAAGAAGAGGCACGUCAACAACACUCAUGCCAUGAGCACACGUGCCAAGGCUAUCAAGGCCUUCAUAAAGCCCAAGGAAGUCAAGCUGAGAUCCCAGAGGGUCAGCUGCAAGCUCAGUCAACUUGUCUACAUCAUUCACCCCAAACUUGGGAAAUGUGCUUGUGUCCCCAUCACUAAGGGUCUCAGGUACUCCUGGCCAAAGGCCAAGGCAAGGCUUAAACCAAGCCUCAGGCUGCAGCUGCAGCUGCAACUCAGGCUUAGGCUCCCAAAGGUGCUCAGACCCCCAUAA